AUGAAUCCCCUCGAGGCUGCCGAAAGCGUGGCAGAACAGUUUGAAGUCUCAGAUUCUAACAUUCAGAAUUGCGUCAACCAGUUCAUAACGGAGCUCAAUGAUGGCUUAUCGGAAUGGCGACCGACAAUGUGCCAGAUACCAACAUAUAUCACUCGCGUCGCUAAUGGGACGGAGAGAGGAUUUACACUCGCUGUCGAUCUGGGCGGAACUAACCUGAAGAUCUGCUCUGUCGAUCUGCACGGAAAUUCGACAUAUACGACCAAACAAUCUGAAUGCCUGAUACCGAAGAAUCUGACGGUCGCCUCAAAAGCAAAUGACCUCUUCGCGUUCAUUGCUGCCGAGAUAAAGGCGUUUCUCGAGGAUCAUCAUGUUAACCGACUGCACUCUAACCAAAAGCUCAGUUUGGGCUUCUGUUUCGCUUUUCCUCUCAGGCAGACCUCUGUAAACUCCGGAGUCCUCCUGCACUGGGUCAAAGGUUUCGAUGUACCUGAUGCUGUCAACCAAGACGUCUGCCAGCUAUUGCAAAACGAGCUCGACAACCAAAAGGUUCCGGUGAAGAUCAGUGCGAUUGUCAACGACACACUGGGCACAUUGAUGACGCGUGCCUACACAUUGCCUGUAAACAAGACACGUACCUCAGUCGGUGCGAUCUUCAGCACAGGGACCAACGGUGCGUACCUGGAACAACUCCACAAAAUCAAAAAGGACAUCGGCAAACAUGACAGCAGUACUGGAGAGAUGUUCCUCAGCACAGAGUGGGGUUCUUUCGACCAAGUACUAUCCGUACUAAGCAACACCCAAUACGACCAACACAUCGCCCAAUACGGUGUAGACCGCAACAUGCAAAUGUUCGAGAAGCGAAUGAGCGGACCAUUCCUCGGCGAACUCCUCCGAAUAGCCAUCGAAAGAAUGUACGAUGAUCCCCGUCUCGGCCUCUUCCCAAAUUACAAACGUGGCGACAAGAAACUCAAUCUACGAACCCCAUGGUCCGUGGAGCCAAGCAUGCUCAGCAUCGCCGAAGGCAGCGACACCAAAGCCCUAACCAAGAAGAUCGAAGAGGUCUUCGGCUUUCCCAGCUGGGCGAUCACACUCCAAGACUCCCGCGCUGUCCAAAUGGUCAGUCGUGCGAUCGGACGACGCGCCGCACGGCUCGCAGGCAUGGCCGUCGGUGCCGUCAUCAUACAAAGCGGUAAACUUCAACAUCACGAUCCCCUCGUCCAACCAGCGAGAGAAUCCAUCGAGGGUCGCCGCAUGUCUGAAAUCAACGCCGAAGCGAGAAUGGUUGACGUGGCUGUGGACGGCAACGUCUUCGAGAUGUUUCCUAGGUUCGAGGUUCACAUGCGAGAUGCGCUGAGGGCGAUCGAUGGUAUUGGACCGGAAGGCGAGAGGAGAAUACGUAUUGGACUUGCGAAGGAUGGCUCGAGUGUUGGAACGGCUAUUAUUGCGUUGCUUGCGGCGCAGCAGGAGGACGUACGGGAUGGUUUGAGCAAGUAA